CAACGAUUUUCACUCAAUUCUCCAUCUCGCUCACUUUCGUGGUUUUACAGGGAGCACGGGCCCAAAAAAAAAAAGAAAAAGAAAAAGAAAAAGAAAAAAAGAAGGAAAAAAAAUUCUAAUUGAAAUUGGGGAAAAACGAAACCCUAGCUCAUGGAUCUCCGGUUGCAACUGCACCAGUCGUUCUUCGCCGCCGUCACGUCCGGAGACGUAUCCGUCGUCCGAGGCAUCGUCGGAGGUGCCAGAGCGGAGACGGCGGCGGCGCUGAUGAAGGCAACAACGGAAGCGGGGGAGACGGCGCUCUACAUAGCGGCUGAGAACAAUCAGGAGGAGCUUUUCCGGUAUCUCGUCGGAUUCUGUGAUCUGGAGACGGCGAAGAUUCGAUCGAGGAAGGAUAUGGACCCGAUUCAGGUGGCGGCGAAACAGGGCUACGUCGGUAUUGUAAAAGAGCUAGUGGUCCUAUGGCCUGAACUUUGCAGUCAAUGUGAUUCAUCAAAUACUAGCCCUCUUUAUUGUGCUGCAUUUAAGGAUCAUUUGGAUGUGGUGAAUGCCAUAUUAGAUGUGGAUGAGAGUUCAAUGAGGAUUGUGAGAAAAAAUGGCAAGACAUCACUGCAUAUGGCUGCUAGAAAUGGUCAUCAUCGGAUUGUUAAAGCACUUAUAGAUAGGGAUCCUGGAAUAGUUGCUAUAAUAGAUAAGAAGGGCCAGACCGCACUUCAUAUGGCUGUGAAAGGAAAGAAUACUGAUGUUGUGGAGGAAUUGCUGAAUGCAGAUCCUUUAAUUCUCAACAUGCACGACAAGAAGGGAAAUACUGCGUUGCAUAUAGCCACGAGAAAAUGGAGGCCUCAGAUAGUACAGCUUCUAUUGUCUUAUAGUUCAAUUGAAGUAAAUGCCAUUAACAGUCAGGAUCAAACUGCGCUAGAUUUAGCAGAAAAAGUCCCUUAUGAUCAGUCACAAAUGGACCUAAUGGAGAUCCUUAGAGAAGCUGGUGCCUGCAAUGCCAGAAACAUUGGUAGACUUGAUGAAGAAUCAAUGCUUAGAAGAACUGUGAGCGACAUAAAGCAUGAUGUUCAUGACCAGCUCAUCCAGAAUGCCAAAACCAACAAAAGAGUCACAGGGAUUGCCAAAGAGCUGAAGAAACUUCACAGGGAGGCAGUCCAAAAUACCAUCAACUCGGUAACAGUUGUUGCUGUGCUCAUCGCCUCCAUCGCAUUUGUUGCCAUCUUCAAUUUGCCAGGACAGUAUUAUGUGUCUGGCAAAGCAAAUGUAGCAGAGACUAUGGGAUUUCGAGUGUUCUGCCUUUUAAAUGCUACUGCACUUUUUAUCUCUCUUGCGGUAGUUGUGGUCCAGAUCACUUUGGUUGCAUGGGAGACUGGUGCUCAGAAGCAGGUGGUUUCGGUUGUUAACAAGCUAAUGUGGGCGGCCUGCCUUAGUACUUGCAGUGCUUUUCUUGCCCUGGCUUUUGUUGUUGUUGGAAGGCGAGCCUCAUGGAUGGCAAUAACAAUAACAGCGAUUGGAGCACCGGUAAUGAUUGGGACUCUGCUACUAUUAGGAUAUUGGAUUCUUGAGCAAAAGUUUAAGUUCGGUGAAGAUUCUCAGAGGCGCAUCAAAAGAGGGAGCGGAAGCAAGUCCUUCUCCUGGUCUCAUUAUUCGGCAUACUCUGACUUGGAUGGGUUGUCAGAUCACGAGAAGAAGAAGAUAUAUGCUCUGUAGAUUUGUUGUAUUAAUAGAGGUAUUAGAUGCCAAGGAGGGAAAUGUGGUUUAUGAUGUGCUAUGUAAAUAUCUGCGCUAGUUGUGAUUGGCUUUGAAGGGAGCAAUUUUGGGUGGCGUUUACCUGUUUUGCCCUUCGAUCUGCUUUGUAUUGUAUGUAAUGUAAUGUAGUUUUUGUAAAAUGAUUAGAGCUCUGCUGAUCAUGAAUCAUCAUUACAAGCAACAAUCUACGAGCUUGUUAUUUACCACGUUUUAUGGAGGUAUGCGUGCUGGCUUGGUAUUU